UGUAAACAAUCAUUCGUAAAUAUAUAUCGUUAUAAAAGGCAUUUAAAUAAUCAUUUGUUAAGAAAUAACUUAAAUUGUUCCCCAGUAAAUGAAGAGAUUGCCAAUAUGGAAAUAGAAACCACUCCAGUAAUCGAAAAUAAUUCGUCUAAGCAGUCUCACAGUGUUCACAACAUUUUAUUAAAUUCAGAACAAGGAAAAGCAAUUUUAAAACUAUGGCGAAACUAAAAUGCUGUUGCCGCAAGCUAGAACAUAUAUUGUUCAUUAUGUUAUUGAAUCAAUUAUAGAGCAUGGCGAUAAACUCACGGUAAAAAAAUGCGAAGAUCUAGCGGAACAAAUAACAUCUUUAUUUCCUACAGAAUGCCGCGAUACAUAUUUCUCACAAACUAACAAAAAAUUGGCACCAAAAGGCAAACUUUGGGACAGGUAUCAAGGACGAAAACGGUACGUGGCAAAACUUAAUCAGAAUUCGAAGCGCCUGAAACUGCAUAAUCGCAACCCUGAUCACACGAGCAAUAUGAUGACAACUACUGGCAAUGAGGAAUAUGAUCAAAUAUGUGCUGAUCUCAAACAUAUCAGGGAUUGGGAUACUGUACUAACGAAAUGGAAGCAAACAAUUUCGUAUAGAAAAAAUCGUUUGUUCAACUUAGAUUUGACGUUGCAUCAAAUUUUAGAUGAGUGGCCGCUGUACAAAUACUCCAAGGCUCCUGAAUUGGUUGACAUUGACUAUAAUGACAGUUUCCCGGGAAAUGGGCUAAAUUUUUCAAAUUGGAAUCAUUUGUGUGCAAUCGCUUCGGAUCUGUUUGAGCAAAGGAUAAAAGAUCCACAAACCAAGCAGCUUAGAAGCCGGGUAUUCGGAAAGAAAGACGUAUUAAAUAUAGACAAUUUCAACAUAUAUAUUAUGAUGUUGUUGCAUGCGGUUUUAUUGCCUACUGCAAAAAAUUUAC